AUGCACACAAGCAGAACACGGACGACGCAGCGCGUUACGACUCGGUACCAGAACUGGUCAUGGCGCGGUACGAGGCAGCCUGAUGGCGUCAGAGUGCCUGCUUCGGGCUGCCUGCAGAGGCUUUGGCGCCGGCUCGUCGACGAAGCCCUGAUCUGCGCGGGCGGACCCACGAAUGAACACGCCGCUGCUAAGGAAUCCGGGUUUACAUACUUACAAGCGUAA